AUGAAGUUCCUCUCCGUUGGCAUCAUUUCUCUGGUCUCUAUGGCCGCUGCAUACCCCUACCAUACCACCUCGGCAGUGUCCCCGACCAGCACUUGCCAGGAGAGUACCUCGACUAGCAUUUACCAGGAGGAUACCUCGACUAGCAUUUACCAGGAGAGCACCUCGACUAGCAUUUACCAGGGGAGCACCUCGACUAGCACCUACGGAUGCACCGAGACUGCAAAGCCCUGUGGGAAUAAUUAUUGCUGUCGGUGUAAUAGUGCGGAAGCGACUGCCGACCUAAUUACCCACCGGAACAUGAGGACGACAACUGCUGCCCUGACAAGGACUGCUGCCCUGACAAGGACUGCUGCCCUGACAAGGACUGCGAUCAUGAAAAGGACUGCUGCCAUGAAAAGCACUGCUGCCAUGAAAAGCACUGCUGCCAUGAAAAGCACUGCUGCCAUGAAAAGCACUGCCGCCACUAGAAGGACUGCCCGUAGGACAAGAUAUCGGAAGAUCGUUGACGAUACUACUUAG